UGGAGGCCGUGCUACGUCGACGUCAGAGGCGGGCUUCCAACCUAAUUGCUCUUUUAUUAAAAGGGCCACCUCUUGAACUCUGCCCCCAUUUCCAAGUGAUUUCUACCAGACCCAAUUCUUUCUACUCGACUUCGUACUAUAAUACCCAUCAUCGACACAACUCGUCUACGUAACAUCUUCUUCUCAACGCCAUAAACCACUAAACGCACACCACUUACACAAUGUCUUCCGCUAUCGAAACCAUCAACCAACUCGCGACAUCCGCCGCAAAGGCCGUCUGGGGCGACUCCAGCACCGACGAAACCCACAAGGAGCCCAUCUCGGGAGCCACUGGCGACGUUUCCAAGGGCGAGCCUUAUGACGCCGGCAACUUGGAUCCCAAGGACCAAAACAAGGUCGAAUCCAGCCUCAAGGGCCAAGAAGACGACUCACCCUCAGACCUAGCCGAAAACGAAUACUACGCGCUCUCAUCCUCCGCAAAAUACAAACCCCUCCCCGAAAGCCCUCGAACCCAAGAACCCAUCGGCGGCCAACUCCAGGAUAGAACCAAGAGUAACCUCAAGGACACAACAACAGGCACAAACGCAGAUGACGACGUAAACCCCGAAGAAGGCAAACCCCUCGACAAGCUCACCGGCGCCGGCCCCCGCCCCGUCGAAGAGCUCGCCAAGGAAAACGGCGGAAACGCCGCCGCCGCAAGCUCCAACGACGCCGUGCAGGAGGAGGACAACAAUAAGCCAAAGGAGCAGAAGCUGCCCGAAGAUAACUCCCAGCAGCGCGACGACAAUCAGAAGUGGGAAGCUUCUGAAGACGACUACGUUAAGACGACGGGGCUUGCGGCUGAUGGAGGGAACUUUGAUGCUGCGAAGCCUGGGGCUGGAGUUGAAGCUGAUCGCUUGAUGGAGCAAAAGGGCCUCAAGACAGAUGACGACGAUAACAACAACCACAAGGCCGGCAGUUCUGGCCGCAAGAGCUCGGAUUCAGGCCGUCAUCACAAGGAUAAGCCCACUCUGGGGGAGCGAAUCAAGAAUAAGCUGCACCGACAUUAAAUCCUGUCUUGUCCUGCUUUUCCCUAAAUUCCCCCUUUCUGCUUCUGUCAAUUUUGUAUCAAUUAUUUAAUUCUGCCUGUAUGGAAACGAGGAGUUUGUGUGUAUGAUACUUUAUCUGUAUUUGCUCGAAAAAAGUGUUACUUCUCACGUUUGAAACAAUAUAUCCAAGUUUCACGAUUUCAAAAUUCUCC